AUGGCAACCAAAGCCGCUCACAAGCGCCUCACGCGCGAAUACGCCGCCAUACAAGCCAACCCUCCGCCCUACAUCGAAGCACAUCCCUCCGAGUCCAACAUCCUGGAAUGGCACUACAUCCUUACCGGCGCGCCCGACACACCCUACCGCGCGGUCAAUACUGGGGCACACUAUUUCAUGAACUCGGAGGAGAUGACAGCGGGUAGUUUGAGCAGUAGCAAGCGAGAGCGGAGUUGGCUAGCCGCGAGGAGUCGGUGGUGGAACAGCACAGGAGGUGGGAGUUGCGGAACCAAGACACGGCCCGGGAAUAACAUCUCGACGACGAAAAGCAGUGGCAACGCCAACAUUAAGGCCGGCGACGGUGGGAGGCGGUUCCGUGAGGAGUUCGAGGAGCUUGAUGCGGAGAACUGGAAGUGGAUGGAGGAAGUGGGAAUCGAUCCGACGACAGGCAAGGUGGCGCCUCCGCCUACAGCGACCACGGAACAGGGAGGUCAGAAUACAGCCGGUCAAGCAAAUUCAGUACCCGAAUGCAGUCCUGAAGUUGCACGGUUACGAGGAAUACUUGGCGGCGGCGCAGGCGGCACAAGCCUAGGACAAGCAGCGAGAGAAGCAGGCGAAGGAUGGAUCGGUCGGUGGAAAUGGUAUCUCGUUGGCGGCUUCGUGGCGUACGUCAUCGCUACAAGGGUGGUGUCUUGGGAUUAG